CGCGAAUUGUCAGUGUUCUAGCUGUCAAAAUAUAAGGAAAGUGCGAAAAAUACUGAAAAUGUCAUAAACGGAAUGACCAUCAGGAUAAAAAAAUUACAAUUCUUCGGUCGUAGUAAAUUGAUAGCGAUACAUUUUUUUUUUUAAAUAAAUCAUCACAAACAAUGGCUGGAUACAGAGAGUAUGCUGAAUUAAACAAAUACGUAAACGAUGGAUUGGAUGAUGAUUUGGAUGACAUCGACCAAAUCGAUCAUGUCGACUAUAUAAGUCGCUAUGAACUGGAGCACUUUGGUGUGGGCCGUGUGGGAGAAAAACGACCAGAAACCCAACGAAGUUUCAAUCACGAUUUUACACAAUUCAACGAACCAGACUCGUCAACGCCGCUUAAUUACAAAUAUGUGAAAUCGACACGUGAUCUCACGCUGCCACUGCAAAAACAUCCGAAUGCAGCACCAACGUAUGAAAGUCCAGAAGAUGAAGAGCUAACGCUUCGUAAAUACCUUGGUGUGUCGGUCGGACUUGUGAGUUUGAUCACAGAAAAUCUCUUAAGCCAUCCGUUUGUUGUGCUACGUCGACAAUGUCAAGUGCAUCAUAGUUCUUUACGGCGACAUUUAGUACCGUUUACACUUGUACCUGUUAUUGUACAUUUGCAUCAGCGACAGGGUGUUACAACGCUGUGGAAAGGCUUGGGCAGUUGUUUACUCGUGCGUGGCAUGUCAUUGGCGAUAGAAGACCUGCUCACGAAAAUCACUCCAUGGCCGAAAGAAGUCACACAUAGAACAACCUUGAAGAAGUUUGGUCAACAUUUGAUACUUAAGAGCAUCAGUAUCGCCGUUGUGGUACCAUUUUAUGCUGCGUCUCUCGUUGAAACGGUACAAAGUGAUAUUGCCAGCGAGAAGCCGGGAAUUUUUGAUGUUUUUCGAGAAGGAUGUACACGCUUGCUGGCUUUUCACAAUCCGCAACGUGGUCGAAUGAUACCAAUUUGGGCAUUGAUUGGACCAAGUGUCGCAAUGGGCAUAUCAAAGUAUAUUUUCGGACUUACCGUGAAGAGCAUUUCAACGCGAAUCAUGCAGUAUCGCCUACAGAAUUCACAAGAGCAACGCGGUGCUCGGCCAAAAGAUUUUGAAAGUGAUCAACAUAACAUUGAAAUCUAUUCGACGCUAUUAUCCAUCAUGUCGACAGAGGUGUUGUUUUAUCCCUUUGAAACGAUUUUGCAUCGAUUGCAACUGCAGGGCACUCGAACGAUUAUCGACAAUUUGGAUUCAGGAUAUUCGGUUGUUCCAAUUUUAACCAACUACGAAGGUGCGGCCGAUUGUUACAAAUCGACGAUUGCCAGUGAGGGAGUUUCUGGACUGUACAAAGGCUUCGGAGCUAUGGUCUUACAGUUUGCUGCCCAUUAUGCCGUAAUCAAAAUAACAAAAUGGAUUGUAACCCAAGUCAUGGAAGUGGUGGCCAACAAACCGCCACCAAAAAUUACAGAAUUUUACAAUCUCAAUUCAUCGAUAAUAAGUACACCGAUUGACGGCGGCGACGGUGACCAUGAAAUUGAAUCAAACACAAUUUCCAAAAGCAUAAGCUCAUUAAGUGUUGAAUAGUCUGUUUCGAAAAUUGUUGUUUGUACAUUAUCUUAUUUUUUUUUUUUUGUCUUCAACAUUGUUGAUAUAUCCCUUCGUUUCGUUUGUUAAUUAGUUAAUUUUACAAGCUAAAUUAAUUCAAACCAGAAUGAUGAAAAUUUGAACACACGAAAAAAAAACCUAGAUCAAUAAAAACUGCGAUAACUAAAUUAAACAUUAA